GCGUGGCCGACAAGAAAGAUAAGUCGUGUUUCCAAACGAGGACCUCAAUUCUUUUUGCGUGUUGGCGUUUUGUCUCUUGUCUAUAACUACAACCCUUUACCUUCAUUUUGUCCUUUAUUUUGCAACUAUUUUAUUUCAUCAGGCAUUCACAAAAGUACACGAACCACGCCGACAACAGAACCAUGCGUCCCGCAUCCGUCAGCCUCGUCGGCCUCGCCUUGGCCACCGUCUCUGCUGCGCAGAAGGCAACCGUCACUCUCUUUGUCCCGAGCACCGACGAACAACCUCUUGUUGCCUCCAUCAUUGGCUCCGACGCAACAGCGACCACAUACGCCGUUUCAUGCGACCCUGGGGCUGAGGCCCAAGACUGCGGUGUCGAAGGAACCAUCACGCUUACCGAAGGGCCCACGACAGUGAAAUAUACCAUUGCCCCUGUGAUAGACCCCAACGGCCAAACUGCGUUUGCGGGACAUUUCGAUUGUUCCCUAGCAGGCACCACCUCCGCAGUUUGCGUCGAGUCCCACGGCGGCAGCGAGGCCAGCUUCCCGGGAGUUAGCACCGAGACAUACAUUGGCACCGACCAGCCCUACAUUCACAUCACAAUCAUGGCGGGCGCAGUAGGCGCAAACCGCAUCGCGCCGUCAACCACGGGGUCUGGUGCAGAAUCGACACAAACAUCAGGUGCAGGCGCAGGCGCGGGUAUGUCGGCUACGGAUACCAAGGGUUCGGGAGUCGCGGCAACGACCACGGACUCGGGACCCGGGGGCGCGAGUACAGGGGCUGCUGCGGCGGUUUCACAGGGAGCGGGAUGGGUUUUGGGUGGGGCUGCUAUGGCCAUGGCGAUGCUGUAGGGCGUUUGUUUACGGAUAUGGGAUAUUUACAAAGGAGUUGUUGAUGCCAGGGUUUGGGUACUUUAGGAGCUAUUGGGAACGGGAAGGAGAGGGUUACACUACAGGAAGGAGCCCACAUAAUUUGAUUCAUAGACAUGAAGCGAUCGAGGCCAUGGUUUCUAUCUGCCCCAUGAACCUGUGAAAUAUA